GCACUGAGCUGCGCUACGCUACCACUGCAGUUUUAUCCGGAUGAGUUUAGCUGGCGUGUUACAGACCGGAAGUCACGGGCACAGGAUGAAUAGCUACAUGCGACGAUGGUGUUGUAUUUAAGCUAUUAAUAUUGGCAGUAACUCAUGUGAUGUUAUGACACUGUAAAGAUAUCAUCCUAGAUGUCAUCAUGGACGCUUCACUUCGUAUACAUGUCCUCUUGAUUUAUUUGUACUGUGCAGUAGGUUUCUCCACCAGCUGUGUUAAAAUCUUUCCCGACACUACAUCAAGGAUUUUUGUUGAAGUGGGAACAAACUUCACAGCGACAUGUUACCUGCAGGAAGGUUCCCCUUACACCGCCGAUGAUAUUAAAUGGGAUUUAGACAACAUCAGUCUUCCAGCACUCAAAAUAAAUACUACAGCUGUCAGCGUCACGUUUACAGUCAGGAGGAAUAUCAACAUGUUGAUCUGCUCGGCCUCUAAGCAGUCGGAGUCAUACCUACCACCAUGUCGUUAUGGUACCUUUUUCAAGGGAGGAUAUCCGCCCUUGAAGCCAACGAACCUGACAUGCAUUGCCAUUCAAGAACAGAACAAUAUUUCCCCAGACUUGCAAUGUUUUUGGGAUCCGGGGAUGCAAGAUCCAAUCCUCGAGACCCAUUACACACUUUACGCUGAAGUAAUAGACACAUACCAGUCUGUCUGUAAAGAGCAUCUUGCAAGAAGCUGCACAGUCAAUCUGAGCACUUUUCCAUAUCACAUGGAAUUAAAAGUGGGGCUUAUUGUAAGUAAUGCACUGGGCUCAGUGCGGUCAGAUGAGAUCCAGAACGACGCAUCGUAUUUUGCGAAACCAAGUCCCCCGCUGGACAUUCAAGUUCUUGCUGAUAAUUUCUCAUCGUCUAUGUUGGUGGUAUGGAAAGAACCCAUUGAUACAAAGGCUAUGCAUCUUCAUUAUGUCAUCAGAUACUCUCAAGCUGACUCCAAUGUUUGGAAUGAGGUGCCUGAGGACUCCACAAGGCCAUCCACAAGUUCCUUCAGACUGCAGUGUCUGAAGCCCUACACCAAGUAUGUGGUUCAGAUGAGAUGCAAACUUCGGGAAAAAACAUAUCAAAACUACUGGAGUGACUGGAGCACCAAUGCCACAAAUCGCACUGCAGAAUCCAAGCCCGGAGGCACACCAGAUCUGUGGCGUAUCAUCCAGCCCUCUGCUCAUAGCAGAAAUGUUACAUUAAUAUGGAAGGCCCCUGAUGAAGCUAAUGGAAAAAUCCUGAAAUACGAUAUAAAUAUCAAUCAGAAAAAAAGAGAAGUUGUCAAACUGGACGACCUCGAUCGGAUGAGACCAUUUCUAAUGUAUUCAUUCGAGCUGUUUCCAGGAAAGGCGGCCUUUAUUCAAAUGACUGCAGCCAAUUCAGUCGGAGUAUCGCCCACAGCAACUCUCUCCAUUCCCCCGUCUAAUACAGAGCCUGUUGAAGGCGUGAAGCAUGUGAACUGCUCUCAGCGUAAUGGACAGCUGUGGGUUGAAUGGAUGCCACCUAAUAACCCAUCUAAUAACCCCCAACAACAACCCUUUCAAUAUCUGCUGGAGUGGCAGCAGAUCCCACCAGAUGUCAAUCAGACAGGCAGACACUGGCAGAGAGUGUAUGCAAACGUCAGCAACACCACACUGAACGGUUAUUUUAAGCCGCUCAAGCGAUACAACAUAUCUAUAUAUCCAAUAUACAACCAAAACUACAGCUAUGCAGGACGCCCAGUGACCAUAGCAGCCUAUACUGAACAAGGACCUCCAGAAAAGGGCCCGAGUGCUAAAGUUGAUAAAUCCAAGAAAACCAGUGCUGAGGUAACAUGGAAUGAAAUUCCCCUGGACGAGCGACGAGGAUUCAUCACCAACUACACCAUCUACUAUAAGACAGGAAACAUCGAGCAGUCUGUGACGGUGAACUCUGACGUUCGCUCGCAUGUGUUGACCGAUCUUAUCAGUGAACGCGAGUAUGUGGUUCACGUCAUGGCAUCAACCAUAGCAGGCUCCAAAAACGGCACCGGUUUUAAUUUCAGAACAAUGAAGUACGCUGAUGGACAAGUGGAGGUGAUCGUGGUGCUGGUGUGUCUCGGCUUUUUGUUCCUCAGCAUCUUCAUUAUAAUGUUCUGUCUGCGGAAGAGAGAAACGAUAAAGCAGCUGUUUUGGCCACAGGUGCCAGACCCCUCAGUCAGCUCUAUUGCCCACUGGUCACCUGAUUUUCCGAAAAAGGCCAACAUGCCCAGAGAAGAUGUUAGCGUGGUGGAAGUGGACGUGUUUGACGGGAAGUCUUUGUGCGAGGAAGACAAGACCGUGCUGCCGCUGAAGAAAGACAAAUAUCUCUCUGAGGAGCACAGCAGCGGCAUCGGGGGCUCGUCCUGCAUGUCCUCCCCUCGGCACAGUGUAUCCGACAGCGACGAGGGCGACUCUGGCCAGACCACGGCCAGCACGGUGCAGUACUCGUCUGUGGUGGCGAGCGAAUACAAGGGCCAGACCCCUAACCAUCAGCCUCAUGUGUUUGCUCGCUCUGAGUCCACACAGCCGCUGCUGGACUGCGAGGAACAUCCGGAGCAUCUCAACGAUUCCAGAAACUCUUACUUUAAAAGAAGCAAAGGAGUCGAGCUGGGCGGUCUCGUUCAGGAAGGGGAGGAGCCGAACGAUAGCUCUCUUACUUUCUGUCCAAUGGAGGAGAUGUCCCCCGUUGUAGAGGACACACCCACAUCCACCUCUUGUUACAUGCCACAGCAGAGCGGCUAUCGACCUCAGUAGAGAAAACAUGGAUACCGAUGUGCUCGUCUCAGAUUCGAUAGUGCCUCAAGCUAUUAGCAAGAUUUCCAUUUUAGGUCACUUUGGCAUUUUGAAGAGCUGUGAUGAUCUUUCAUAUAUGCUUGCACCCAGUGUAAGCUUGCAAUGAAUAAGAUAUUUUUUUAGUUUAUUUACUUAUAAUCAAAAAUUAUACUUGGUUUUUGCAUUACUAACCUUGUUUAAAAUUAUUUUGCUAUUCAAAGCUGCUUCUUAUAUCGAUAGACUGAAGAUAAAGAUGCUUUAUUUUCUUUUUACUGACAGCUGAUUGGUCAGUCUUGAUGAUAUUUUGAGGUGAUGUGUGACCUCGACUGCUUCAGUGUGAGCACAGAAUGUUUACAUUUCAAACAUAAUAAACUAAAAGUCAAGGCACGUUACCGCCACAUUACCCGUGUCCAAUAGCUGAAUGUAUUUAUAUGCUUUGUGUGUUAUCUUACCUGUGAAUGGUGCAGUAACACAUACACAAUUAUUCAAAGACUGUUCAACAAAUUACCAAUGAAUUGUGAAUAGUUGCCACAUUAAGUUAAAGACACUUUCUGUCAUAUAUUCUGUCUUAUUACUUCUUGUUAAAUGUCAAUAUGGUGGGAGAAAACUAUAUUUUUUAGUUGCCUAAAAUCUCUAAGUAUUAGUUUUAUAUUAUCAAUGAUAUUCUGAGUUAAUGUUUUUUAUAUACAAAAAAAUUUCAUUUACCUCCAUUUCAAUAUGUUUCAAUGCUUCCACCACGAUUAAACUGACACUACACUGAAA